AAGCUACUGUUCUUUGGUGGUCUUUUGCUUUGCCAUUUUUAAGAGAGAGAAAAACACAGAGAAAGAAUCUCUUGAGAGGGAUUUGAAUCCAACACCUGGUCUUCUUGGGAGACAUUGAUUUCCUGGGUUCCCUUGAAUUCUCUGGGUUUGUGAAAUUCUACAGUGAAUCUUCGUUUUGUGUUUUCAUUCCUUUUCGUUUAAUCUGUACAUAAUUGUAGAGGUUUCUUAACACAGGAGAUCAGUCUUUGUUUAUAACACAAGAUAAGCGGAUCUGAGCAAUGAUGCUCCUUGUUUGAUGAAUUCUAUUUGCCGUGUAUGCUUAAGAUAUGGUGGUGAAGAAGAGACAAUAUUAUGGUUUCAAUGGCUUCCAUAUGCCCCCAGUUCCCAGGGCUCCGAGAUCAGCUAGACAGAGGGGUUUGAGUUUGAAUAAAAAGAAAGUUGAGGAUAGUCAAUUAUGUGCAUUUGAAUUACUCGCAUCCUUAGCGGGCAAGCUAUUGCAGGAGAGUGAAAGUUCUGCUUCUAGCAAUGCAUCCGAAGCAAAUAAUCAACCUAUAAUUGGUGGUGGUGGUGUGAAAUGUGAGCAAGCUGAAGAUAGACCAUUGAAAGCAGAAUGCCUUGAUCAUGGAAGUUGUAGAGAAAGUGCUUUUGUCACCGGGUUUUCCUCGCCAAACGGUGAUCAAAAGAGCCUUCUAAAUGAUUUUCGACAUGCUGAGAGCUAUUCCAUUUUGGAGCGCUCUUCAAUGAUCUCAAAUUCUAAUUCCUCAGAGAAAGUUGGUGCUGAUUUGAAGACUGUGAUUUGCAAAAGCAAGAGUGUGUGUGAAAAUUUCACUGGUAAAGUUGAGGACUCUUUUGAUUCUAAGGUGGCUUGUGAUGGUUAUGUAGACAAUGGGUUUAGGAGACAUCAAGUUGGUGAUGGGCUAGAUACUGGGGGUUUGACUGCUGAGAAUGCUUGCAGUUUGAAGGAUCCGAUGGAAAUGUGUAUGAAAUUUCCCACAUUGAUCAAACCAGACAGUGAUGUUGAAUUGCCACUGCGCAGGGAACCAGUUCCUAAUACUUCUAUUCCAAGGCGUAGGAAUGAUACUAAUUGGGGGAUGAAGCCUCACUAUCGCAAGAGGAAAUUAUGUUAUAGUCGUGAAAGUUGCAAUUCACCUGAUAAGAGCUUGACUGGAGACAAGAAUGGCACAGCCGUAAUGCUUCAUGGAGCAAAUGGGGUAUCAUCUUCAGUUAUAGGUCAUCAAUCACCCUUCCACUCCAAGGAUUCUCAUGUGAAGUUCAGUAUUAAGUCCUUUAGAGUUCCAGAGCUUUUCAUUGAGAUCCCAGAAACUGCAACUGUUGGUUCACUGAAGAGAACUGUGCUGGAGGCUGUGAGUGCUGUACUUGGAAGUGGUUUACGAGUUGGGGUGCUUCUUCAUGGAAUGAAGAUUAGGGAUGACAAUAGAACCCUAUUGCAGACUGGUAUGACUUCUAAAGAGAAUCUUGAUACCCUUGGUUUCUCAUUGGAGCCUAUUCCUGUGCAAGCUCCUCCACCCUUAUGCACAGAAGAUCCUGCACUAUUACCAUGUGACACAUCUCAACUUAUAUCAAGUUCUCCGACCACUCCUAUUAUAGAUUCAGGAAUUUCUGAUGCCUUACCUGAUCCUCCUCCAUCGACUAAUUUGGACACUAACACUGAAAGUAAUCAUGAAUCAGUUUCCUCCCAUUCUGACAUGGUAACUGAUGAUACACUGUUGGAUUCUAGAGCUCUGGUUGCAGUUCCACCAAUCAAUGCUGAGGCUCUUGCAAUGGUGCCUUUAAGCCAGAAAUCUAAGCGAUCUGAACUUGUACCGCGUCGAACCAGGAGACCAUUUUCUGUGUCAGAAGUAGAAGCACUUGUGCAUGCAGUUGAGGAAGUUGGAACUGGAAGGUGGCGUGAUGUUAAAUUGCGUUCUUUUGAAGAUGCAGACCAUCGUACAUAUGUGGAUUUGAAGGAUAAAUGGAAGACAUUGGUUCACACAGCUCGGAUUGCCCCUCAGCAAAGAAGGGGCGAGCCUGUUCCCCAGGAGCUCUUGGACAGAGUCUUGGCUGCUCAUGCUUACUGGUCUCAACAUCAAGCUAAGCAACAUAGCAAGAAUCAGGCUGCUAUAUUAAAGAUCACUGUCGCUCAUGCUGUUAGAAAUGGAGUUGAAGAUAGCCACUCAAUAUGAUGUACAAAGAAAGAGAUGUUGACACGGACAGGAAACAGGAGAUGUACAAAGUAUUCAAAUUUAUUUAGUAUUUUUCAUGCUCAGGUUGAUUCGUUGCCACCUUCCCAAACUCCGUGAGGCUGGCAUUUGUAAAUGAUUUGAUGGAAUAAGGAACCUGCUCUAACAGAAUCUACAGUGUUUUCUCUUUCUUUUUUACAUUCAUUGAUUUAUUUGCUGUAAAACAUUUUUUUUUCUUUCAAAUUUGAUAGAACAGAGAAGUCAAAGAAAUUAGUUGUCCUUUGUUGCUC